UUUCCAGAAAAUCUGUCCUGUUUCUGACCAAUGUGUGUGUGAGAGAGGGAGAAAGAGGGUGUGUGUUUGGGACUGGACCCUAACUGAAAGCCAAAAUUUCGGGGGUGAAGAAGGAUCGAGUUGUCUGGACCUCCAUUGAUUUAGGAGAGCAGUCCCCUAUCACACGUGCAACCAUGAGUAAACAGGACACGUAUGACAUGUUUGAGAUGGAUGGAGAGAUGGAUAAGAAGAAGAAGAAGAAGAUGAAGAAGAAGGAGAAACUGGAGGGCAUGAAGAAAGAAAUGGAUAUAGACGACCAUGAAAUUACAAUUGAAGAACUAGAAAUGAGGUACACCACUAGUGUUACCAAGGGUUUGACCACCACCUUUGCCCGUCAGAUCUUGGAGAGAGAUGGUCCCAAUGAACUGAAGCCUCCUAAAGGGACUCCAGAGUAUGUGAAGUUUGCCAGGCAGCUGGCUGGAGGGCUGCAGUGUCUGAUGUGGGUCGCGGCUGUCAUCUGCUUCAUCGCCUUUGGAAUUGAACUUGCAAGAGGGAACCUCACCAGCUUUGACAAUCUUUACUUGGCCAUCACCCUAAUUGCUGUCGUUGUGGUAACUGGUUGCUUUGGUUACUACCAAGAAUUCAAGAGUACCAACAUCAUUGCCAGCUUCAAGAAUCUGGUGCCACAGCAAGCCGUUGUGAUCCGUGAUGGCCAGAAAAACCAGAUCAACGCCAACCAAUUGGUGGUGGGGGAUCUGGUGGAGAUCAAAGGAGGAGACAGAGUCCCUGCUGACAUUCGCAUCAUCAGUCAGAGCUGCAAGGUGGACAACUCGUCCUUGACAGGGGAGUCUGAACCGCAAACCAGGAGUCCAGAAUGCACUCAUGAGAAUCCACUGGAGACCCGAAACAUUGCUUUCUUCUCUACAACCUGUCUGGAAGGUGUCGCUACUGGUGUGAUCAUUAACACAGGUGAUCGUACCAUCAUCGGUCGGAUUGCCAGCUUGGCAAGCGGCGUCGGCAACGAGAAGACACCCAUAGCCAUAGAAAUCGAGCAUUUUGUUGACAUCAUUGCUGGACUUGCAAUCUUUUUCGGGUUUACUUUCUUUGUGGUUGCCAUGUUCAUCGGAUAUGCCUUCCUGGAAGCCAUGAUCUUCUUCAUGGCUAUCGUGGUGGCUUAUGUGCCAGAGGGGCUACUUGCUACAGUUACUGUAUGUCUGUCUCUGACUGCUAAACGACUUGCCAGGAAGAACUGUGUUGUGAAAAACCUGGAGGCUGUGGAGACGUUGGGCUCCACUUCAGUGAUCUGUUCUGAUAAGACGGGUACCCUGACCCAGAACAGGAUGACUGUGGCUCACCUUUGGUUCGAUAACCAGAUCCACGCUGCUGAUACCACUGAAGAUCAGUCAGGCCAGAGUUUCGACCAGUCAUCAGAAACAUGGCGUUCACUGGCAAGAGUGACUUCCCUGUGUAACAGAGCUACAUUCAAACCUGAUCAGGAAGGUGUACCUAUUCCUAAGAGGCUCGUGAUGGGAGAUGCGUCAGAGACGGCUCUGCUGAAGUUCUCCGAGCUCACUGUAGGGAACAUCAUGGACUACCGUAAUCGCUUCAAGAAAGUGGUGGAAGUGCCUUUCAACUCCACCAACAAGUUCCAGCUGUCUAUCCAUGAACUCGAGGAUCCUCUGGACCUACGCUACCUGUUGGUGAUGAAGGGUGCACCAGAACGUAUCUUAGAGCGCUGCUCCACCAUUUUGAUAAAAGGCCAGGAGUUGCCUCUGGAUGAGCAGUGGAGCGAAGCCUUUCAGACAGCUUAUAUGGACCUGGGAGGACUGGGAGAGAGAGUACUGGGUUUCUGUCAUCUCUAUCUGAAUGAGAAAGAGUUUCCUCGUGGCUUUCAAUUUGACUCUGAUGAUAUGAACUUCCCCACGUCAGGAUUGUGCUUUGCCGGUCUUAUCUCAAUGAUUGACCCCCCAAGAGCCACUGUACCUGAUGCAGUGAUGAAAUGUCGUACCGCUGGUAUCAGGGUUGUCAUGGUGACUGGGGACCAUCCAAUUACAGCAAGGGCAAUAGCAGCUAAUGUUGGUAUCAUCUCAGAAGGUAGUGAAACAGUGGAAGAUAUUGCCCAGAGGAAGCGCAUACCUGUCGAACAAGUCAACAAGAGGGACGCCCGUGCUUGUGUGAUCAGCGGCGGUCAGCUGAAAGACAUGAGCAGUGACGAGUUAGAUGAUGCACUACGGAACCAUCCUGAGAUGGUGUUUGCAAGAACAUCCCCUCAGCAGAAACUGAUUAUCGUGGAGAGUUGUCAACGUCUGGGCUCUAUUGUCGCUGUAACAGGUGAUGGUGUGAACGACUCUCCGGCUCUUAAGAAGGCUGAUAUCGGUGUUGCCAUGGGGAUCGCGGGGUCAGAUGCUGCCAAGAACGCCGCAGACAUGAUCCUGUUGGACGAUAACUUUGCUUCUAUUGUCACAGGAGUGGAGCAGGGCCGUCUUAUCUUUGACAACCUGAAGAAGUCUAUUGCCUACACACUAACCAAGAACAUUCCUGAGCUGACUCCAUAUCUGAUCUACAUCACCGUUAGCGUGCCUCUUCCUCUGGGCUGCAUCACUAUUCUCUUCAUUGAACUGGCCACUGACAUUUUCCCCUCUGUCUCUCUGGCUUAUGAGAAAGCAGAGAGUGACAUUAUGCACCUGAAGCCCAGGAAUCCUCGUCGCCACCGUCUGGUAAACGAAGCCCUGGCUGUGUACUCGUACUUCCAGAUAGGCGCCAUCCAGUCUUUUGCAGGUUUUACAGAUUAUUUCACAGCCAUGGCCCAGGAGGGCUGGUUUCCACUCAUGUGUGUUGGUCUGCGUUCUCAGUGGGAGGAUGUGCAUCUUCAAGACUUACAGGACAGCUAUGGACAAGAAUGGACAUUCAGUCAGAGGUUGUACCAGGAGUAUACGUGCUACACUGUAUUUUUCGUCAGUAUAGAGAUCUGUCAGAUCUCAGAUGUGCUGAUCAGGAAAACUCGACGUCUCUCUGUGUUCCAGCAAGGCUUUUUCAGGAACCGUGUCCUGGUUUCUGCCAUAGUCUUCCAGCUCUGCUUGGGUAAUCUGCUUUGUUACUGCCCUGGGAUGCCCAAUAUCUUCAAUUUCAUGCCAAUCAGAGUCCAGUGGUGGUUUGUUCCUGUUCCAUAUGGUAUUUUAAUCUUUGUCUAUGACGAGAUCAGAAAGUUAGGAGUCAGAAGAUAUCCAGGAAGUUGGUGGGAUCAGGAAUUAUACUACUGAGACCAGAGAAACUUUUCCAUUCAUCCAUCCAUCCAUCCAUCCAUAUGCAUGAAAACAUCACUCAAAUCCAGAGGACCUUAUCCAAUUCACCAUACAUCUAUAUUACUUUGUGAUCUAUGUAUUUAUAGCUUAAACUGUCUUUCAAUGUUAACAUUAUAUUAAUAGUCUGUCUAAAUGCUUUUAACAAAGUAAAAAGGUAAUAAUUACUGAAAGUCACCACUGAAUAAUUCACAAAGAUUUGUUGUGUUUCAGCUCUUUAACUGUGGCUGCAUUGUAUUUGUACUAAUAAAGAAUUUUAAGACUGA